CGUUGUGAUGUGGUCACGUGAUUUUCGGCGUGUUGGAGCCGAGGAGGUAGUGAUUCAUCUUGCCGCAAUAGUCUUUGACGAAUCAGCCCGGAAGACUUGGUUGGCGAUGAUGCUGCUGCUGCUGCGGUGAACCAAGGAGAGUUUCCUGUCUCACCGCAGGAAUGCCAGGAGGAGUGUACGGGGAGCUCGAGGCCAGUCUUCCAGCGAUUGCCUCCCUGAACGCUUCCUACUCCACGUCGCUGUCCCUCCCUUCUCCAUACCUGUUUGUACCACCUGCACAGCGCAGGGCCAUAUCUGACGUCCGCCGCACCUUCUGUCUCUUCGUGACAUUUGAUCUGCUCUUCAUCUCCCUGCUGUGGAUUAUUGAGCUGAACAUCGCCAGCACAAUCUGGAAGAGCUUAGAAAAUGAGGUCAUCCAUUAUAACUACAGGUCUUCCUUCUUUGACAUCUUCCUACUUGCCGUGUUUCGUUUCCUGUGUCUACAAGUGGGUUAUGCAGCUUUUCGGUUAAGGCAUUGGUGGGUUAUUGCAGUUACCACUCUAGUGACCAGCGUCUUCCUUGUUGUUAAGGUCAUCAUAUCUAAUCUACUGUCCCAGAAUGCCUUUGGCUAUGUGUUACCUAUCACUUCGUUUGUGGUGGCCUGGCUGGAGACCUGGUUCCUUGAUUUCAAGGUGCUCACUCAGGAGGCCGAUGACGAGAGAGCCUACCUAGCAGCGGUGAACGCAGCCUGCGAACGAGCGCCCAUGAUCUACCCCCGUGCUGUUUCAGACGGACAGUUCUACUCUCCACCUGAAUCAGUCGCAGGCUCUGAAGAGGAUCUGGACGAGGAGGGUCUUGGACGCAGAGCUGUCACUGCACAGGAGAAGGAGUAUGUCAGACAGGGUCGUGAAGCCAUGUCUGUGGUAGAACAGAUCCUAGCCCAGGAGGACAACUGGAAAUUUGAAAAAAACAAUGACAUGGGAGACUCUGUCUACACUCUGGAGAUUCCCUUCCAUGGAAAAACCUUCAUUCUCAAGGCCUUUAUGCAGUGCCCUGCUGAGCUUGUAUAUCAGGAGGUGAUUCUGCAACCAGAGAAGAUGGUCCAGUGGAACAGAACUAUUUCUGCCUGCCAGAUCCUUCAGAGGGUUGAUGACAACACUCUGGUGUCAUAUGAUGUCUCCUCUGGAGCAGCAGGGGGCGUAGUUUCUGCAAGGGACUUUGUUAAUGUUCGCCGGGUGGAACGCAAACGAGACUGCUACCUGUCUGCUGGCAUGGCAACUGAUCACGACGCCAAACCUCCAAGCGGGCGCUAUGUCAGGGGAGAGAACGGUCCGGGGGGAUUUGUGGUACUCAAAUCCAGCAGUAACCCUUCCGUCUGCACCUUUAUCUGGGUCCUAAACACAGACUUGAAGGGCCGACUGCCUCGCUACCUCAUCCACCAGAGUCUGGCGGCCACCAUGUUUGAAUUCAUGACCCAUUUACGUCAACGAAUCACUGAACUGCCUUCUCACCGUUCCCACCACCACACCUAAAACAGGAGAGAAGUCUACAGCCGUUCUCCACUUUUGUAGCAGUGUGCUACUGUAAGACUGCCCUUCUAAGCAUAGGAGAUGUGAGACGUGUGACCAUACAUUCGCCACAUUUUAGUCACAGGAGAACUGGAGUAAUUCGGUUAUCAAAGACAAUGUCCCUCCUCAUCUAUAAACUUCAACAUGUUUUUUAAGAGUGAUCACAUACAUAUUUUCAUGUGGACCUGUAAGUGUUUUGCUGCUUCUCUCACUGUGCAAUGAGAUCUGUGUUUCCUGAACUUGCCAAGUCAUCUUGUGGCAGGGGGACAUUACUACAAGAAAGCCUGGAUGAGGGUGUACAUGAUUCUCUGUGUGGGCACUUGUCUUGCUUGUUACAAAAGAACUGGUGCGAUGCCAUGAAGCAGCUGUCUCUCUGAGCCUUAUCUGACUGCACACAUUGUUAGCCUUUGACUUGCUGCUUUUGUGUGUAUGUUUUCACUGCAUCUUAAAUAUUCUUCUCUGGUGCACCCUCCCUAAAAAAAAAUAAAAAAUAAAAAAUACACACUUCACAGCCAUAUUUUAAACAAACACUUAAUUUGAAUGGGUAAAAGCUGUUUUAUUGUCUUUUACUUACACUGUGUUAGAUGGAGAAAGACGUCACAUGUAGUCUAACCACCACUAGAGGGAGAUACCACUGAUCCACACACACAAAUCCUCUUGGUUUGAUAUUGCCCCCUAUCCCAAGGUGCAAAAAUCUAUCAGCAAACAUUUAUUCAACAUUUGCUGAAGGUUUUUAAUACUGCUGUAGUGUUGUACUUUGGGAUCGGCCUGGACUUCAUCAUCUGUGUAGCAAAUGCAUUAUCAAAGUCAUGGAGAUAAUGUUCAUAAUUUAGGUUGCAGUAUCCUUACUAAAGCUAUCUUUUGUGCCAAUAACCUGAAGUGGCCUUGUGGUAGAAUAGCUGAAUUCAUUAUUUGUCAUCAAACGUUAUUACUGUACUCAUGAGUUCCAUUGUCUUUAGUGCUGGCCUCCCUUCAGGUCCUGAGAUAUGGCACUGAGUGAGGUUUUCCUAUGUUUUCUUACAUCAUGCAUUAUGUUGUUUUUGAUGAUUUAGAAAUAUUGCUUCCAGCUUGUCAAGUUAGUCUUUCAAAAUCUGCACUUCAGUGUUAUGAUGUACCUCAGAAAAUCACAAUUUGUCAUUGUAAUGGUAACAGGCAAAAGGCUGAGGUCUGGCUAUUGGUGCAAAUGGCUGCAGAGUUGAACCAAAGAGAGUCAUCUGUUCCGUGUGUUUUUCACGAGAUAUUAGGCGCGAAACAACUUUGCUGAAUUGUUCACACAUUGAAGGAGCACGUUUAUGGGCGUAACUGUGAUGAUGUGACUGUGGUAAUUUACCGCAUCACACUCACAACAUGGUCACACGGCCUUGAGGCAUUUUCCUUUGUAAGCCCAGGUAUUGGUGGAUGAUGCAAUCACAGUCUGAAAUUAUUCCUUCUUCUGACAUCAAAAACAAUUGGUUAUUGAGAUUUAACUGAAUCAUUUGUCAGGACUGAUUUUAGCUACAUACUGUACAGAGGGGAUGUCAUGAAAGUAAUUGGUGAGAUCAGUAAUUUGGUGCCUUUUAUCACAGUAACAUUACAUGUCAGCCUUUUCUUUGCAUUUAUUUAAUGCCGGUAAAUCAAUGUUUAAUACCUUCAGCAAAAGUAUUCUGAAUGCAAAUGAAGCCUGCUAAGAGUACUUCAGUUUCUGUUUUCUUUAAUAAUAGUUUUUGAUAUUUUUCAAUAGAUCAUUCAUCAAACAUGUUAAUUUAAAGCCAUUACAGGAAUACUGACCAACAGUUUUUGAGUCUUAACCAGUGUCUUAUAUCUAAUAAAAUAUAUGAACUCAU